AUGGCGGGCACUUAUGUCUGGCUCACGAGGUGCAUCCCCGGUUUCAGCGUCGUUGGCGUCUUUGUUCUCCUGGUUUCCGCCUUGGUCAUAUCGCCCUACGGCAAAGGCGAGAAGGGCAACCACACUGGCGAGGCCACCAUUCCCCAGCUCAUUUUGAGCGUCUACACCGUCUUCCUCCAUAUCCUAUCGAUCGUCUUCCCCAUCCGAGUGUGCUGGGCGAUGAAAGAUGUGCUCAAGAACGUCAGGGAGGCGGGGAACGACAUGCCCAGUGGACGAAGACCCCGCGUGCAAAGCAUCAACAAGGAGAAGGACGACAAGCGGCUGCCCGUGCCGUUGUUCGUCAUCAUACUGCCAGCAUACAAGGAAGAGAUGGCAACAUUGGAGGAGACUUUGCGAGUAAUGGCGUCGCAUUUGCAAGCUCGCACCAGCUAUCAUGUCUACCUGGCCAUGGAGGAGAAAGAAGAAAAGUCGGCCUUCAAGGCUGCCAGCCUUUGCGCAACGUUCGAGAGAUCGUUCUUCAAGAUGAGCUACACUGUUCAUCCAUCCAACAUUCCAGGAGAAGCGCAGGGUAAAAGCAGCAACGAGUCUUGGGCAGCCAAGCAAGUGAUGAAAGACUAUCCCGAGGACCUCGUCAAGCAGAACACUAUCAUCACGGUCAUGGAUGCCGACACUCACCUUUCCGCUCGCUACUUCACCCAGAUGGCACGACUGCAUACUGAACACGCAGAGACCAACGAGACGACGAUAUAUGUCCCGCCACUGGUGUUCGACCGCAACUUGCACCAUGUGCCGCUUUUUGUGCGGACCGCUGACUUGAUGUGGGCGGGAGCCGGUCUAUCCAGUUUAUAUUCCGGCUCCAGCGUCUGCAUCCCAACGUCUGUCUAUUCGCUUCCAAUGACUCUGGUCGAGCACGUCGGCGGCUGGGAUACUGAUCCUGGCGCCAUUGGGGAAGACAUGCACAUGUACCUGAAGUGCUUCUUCGCUCUGUCUGGCAAUCUCAAAGUGCAGAUCGUCCACGCUGCUGCAAGUCAGUGCAACGUGAGCAGUGGACAAGGAGGCAUCACAGGUUACUACCUUGGUCUUGAGGCACGAUACAAGCAAGCGCUCAGGCACAUGUGGGGCUCUCUCGACACUGGUUUUACGAUCCGGGAAAGCAUCAAGAUGUUGGACAGGCACCGCAAAGCCAAGAAGGCACUGGACGAAUGUCCUUUGAGCGCGCCCAACUCAAACUGGACCGCCUUCUACACUUCCACCGGUCUGCACAAGUCUCUCGUACCCAAAGGCGCCGACAACGCGCAUGCGCCGCCUAAGCCCGUCCACAAGUACAACCUCUUCACGCUCUACCAUCGACUUUUCGAAGCGCAUUUCCUGCCUAUCCAUCUGGCCGUCAUUCUUACGACUUCGAGCAUCUAUUCGGCAUUUCUUCCGAGCUUCUUGGUCCCACACGUGCUCAAAGUUGCUCUGGACUUCUCUGGCUUCUGCCGCCUGAUUGGAUUCUGCACCAUGUUGACAUUCUUCUACCUGUACGAACGCUAUCACCGACUAUGCGUGGGUCUUCGAAAGGAAGAGAUGCGUCGCGCGGGUAUGCUCGAGGACAUGGAAGAAGCCGAUGGAUUCACGGCAAACGUGUUCCAAGUCGCAGGGCUCUUCGAAGCCGCGCUCUUCCCCAUUGGAGGCUUCAUCUUUGGAGCCAUUCCGGCGAUGCAGGCUGUUCUCAGCCAUCUGUUCACCGAUCGCUUGACGUACGUCGUGAGCUUGAAGCCACAGCUCACGCUCAAGCCUUGGAGAGACUUGAGCCUCAGGACACCGUAG